AUGGCUAGUAGUACUUUAUUUGCCUUGCCAAAGACACAAUUAAGACCCCUGAUAUCAACGAAAAAAAACCUGAUACCCUUUGCGCAUUACACUCGCAGGAGCGUGACAACUUUACAACCCAGCGAUGUGAAGUACGAGUACGUCGAAGACGUCGAGCGGCUUGAUUACUAUACUCAUGGUGGAUACCACCCAACCAUGAUAGGGGAUGCAUAUCAUAAUGGUAGAUACAUUAUAUGCCAUAAGCUGGGGUAUGGCAGAUCUGCAACGACCUGGCUAGCUGAGGAUACGAGAGAAGGUCGCCUGGUUGCACUCAAGAUUUCCACAGCAGAGUCAGUAGAGCGAACCUGUGAGGCGCAAAUCCUCUCACAUCUCGCAGACUCUCCAUCUGAACAUCCUGGAAAGAUAAAUAUACCGUCACUAUCGGACUCAUUCACCUUCCCUGGACCAAAUGGCACCCACCGAUGUUUCGUUACUGAUGCAGCGAGAAUCAGUAUCCAUGAAGCUAAAGAUGCAUCUUAUCACCGGCUUCUUCAUCUCCCGGCGGCUAGAGCAAUUUUGUCACAGCUUAUACUUGGCUUACAAUUCAUACAUUCCCAAGGAAUUGUUCAUGGGGACCUUCACCUCGGAAAUAUCCUUCUCAGCCUGCCUCCUGAUAUACAAAAAAUGAGCAGCCAGCAGCUCUACUCAAAAGUUGGAGAACCAAGUACCCAGCGCGUUAUUCGUCGUGAUGGCGCAGCACUUGACCUUGGAGUACCUUCGGAGGUGGUUGUUCCUAUCUGGCUUGGCCUUGGGAGUGAUGAAAUUACAUUAGCCGACUCGUCGAUUUUGAUUGCAGACUUUGGAGAAGCAUUUGAUCCUCAAACUACAAAACGAUUGACAGCCCAUACGCCACUUUUAUUAUCACCACCAGAGUCUCGCUUCUUAACCGAAGAAGGCAAGUCUCUUUCUUUUCCUGGAGAUAUUUGGACGCUUGCAUGUUCUAUCUGGGAGAUCUUUGGGUCUAACCCACCGUUUGAAUCCUUCCCUGCCACGCUGGAUGAUGUGACGGUUGAACAUGUUGAGACGUUGGGAAAACUCCCCGAUCGAUGGUGGAAAAUUUGGGAGAAGAGAAGUGAUUGGUUCGACAAAGAUGGACGAAAAAAUGUUAAAGGGAGCAUUCGUCAGUGGUAUGGUAACGAAGCUAGAGAGAGAUAUACAGAAAUCUCGAGGGAGGAAAAAAUUCGAGCUAUUACAGCCUGA